UUGUUUGUUUAUGAAGACAGUAAGUGCGGGUCGUUGUUAGCCUCGCUGUGUUUGCGGUCAGUGAGCUCAUGCUAAAGUGCGUCAGUUUGCAGCGGUAGAGUUGGUUAACUUCACUUUUGCGACAUUUUAGUAUCGUUUUUUUUGUGUGUUUUAGCGGCUGGAAAUGCCUAGAGGAUGUGACUUGCAUGUACUGCCUGGCUAACUUGUACUGGGGCAGUGCAGGGAAAUCCAAACAUUGCAGUAUCUUCGACUUAUGAUGCUAAUAUUGUGACUGACAUGUGAAUGACAUGUGCAUGGUCCUCUAUUCAGCUUGGACUUAAAACCCAAACAACAAGAGGAAGAUUAUACUGGAUUGUUGUCAACUGUCAAAUUAAUCCCCACCUGUUUAAUCGGUUUGAGUUUAAUCUUUAUAAAUGUAAAUAUUUUCUGGUUUCAUUACUCGUCUGUGACAGUAAAUUGAAUAUCUUUGGGUUGUGGCCAAAACAAGGCAUUUAACUUGACUUCUUCUUGUGCUUUGGGAAACUGAACACUUUAUAGACUAAAUAAUCGAGAAAAUGAUUGACAGAUUAAUCGACAAUUAAAAGGGCAACUCUUAAGGAUUAUAUUAAUAGUAGAUUCCACGUACUGAAGUCUGCAGCAGCUAAAAAGCAACUGACACAACAUCAAAAAAUAAAAUAAAAACGUGACAUGGCGUCCCGCUUCCUCAAGUACUCAGUGCUCCUUCAGAAGUACCGGACUCCGCUGCUGAUUGCGAGCUGUGGCGGGGUCUUUGCAGCCAACAUGUUCUACCACGUUUUCCCUGACAAGUCCUACCGUCAGCUCUAUCAGGCCUGGCACAAAGGAGAGCCAGUCACUCUGUCUGAAAAGCUCGAGGAUCUUUUCCAGCAGGUGCUGAAGGAUUAUGGUAUCAGCUCACCCAAGAAUUUUUCUGCCUUCGCCUCCUUUGGGUUUCAUCCGGUUGGUGCUGGUGUCCCUUGGCUUCCUGCAGGGGCCCAAAUUGGCCUCCCAGCAAACUUUAACAGCACGGUCGACGACCCGAGCGGAAUCACAAACCGCACCGUUUUCAUCAACGGCAAAGCGGUGGACUGGAGCAGCGAUGCUGGCUCUGCUCUAAAGGAGGCGCUGGUGUUUUCCCUUGAGGCCCAGAAGUUUGCCAUAGCUCGAGAAGUGGCCCGCUUGCAGUCCGGAGGGCCUGUUGUGAGUGCCGCCGUUGCCCCACUCUGUCUGGGUGGGGUUUGGGUGUACAGCGUGGUGCUAAAGCAGAUGUUUGGGCUCCACGUCGGGCCUGCGCUGUUUCGCGGAGGUGUGAAUGUUGUGGCGCUGGGGCUUGGUGCCGUGUCCUACUUCCUCACCUCGGAUGCUGUCAGCCAGUGGAUUGACUUUAGCUCAGACCGGCGUGCAGCGGGAGUGUCCCGUGAUUAUGCCCAAGGAGGGGUCGAGUUUUACGAUAAGAUUUUGUCCAGAAACAAGACGCUGCGCUCCCUCAUGGGGCGGCAGGGAGAGGACAUGUACGCUCCCAGUGGGAACUUGUUUCCUGCUCACCUCCUUCAGCUGAAACACACACCGUACACAUCCAGGAGGGAAGGGAUCCUCGCUCUGCUCAAAGAGGAGAAAGUUUGAAAAGGAAUCAUAGGAGGUGGACUGUUGUUUUGGGAAUAAAAAUGGAGGUCAAUGGGCCUCACCUGAGCCCAUAAUGAUACAAUGUAAGUUCAAUUAUCUCUGAAUAGAGGGGCUCCUGAGCUUUUUGCCACAAAAAACCCUGGCCAAAAGAAUUGUUAAUAUAUUUUUCAUAUAAAAAUGUCAUCCCACAUGGGUUGAAUAAACAUUUUAUGAAUCUUGAAGUGUGGAACCAUUCAAAUUACUAUUAUAUUAUUCAAAUAAGUCAGUCCUGGGGUGUGAAAUGUUUGGUGGCCAGUGUGACUUAUUUGUCCAACAAAGACAAUAUUUGGAGGGUUUAUUCUGGACCCAAUGUACAAAUAAACACUUUUUGAAGCCUGUCGGAGCAUGUGAUGAAAUAUAUGUUGUUGAAAAGA